AUGAAGCUCUCACUCCUCCUCUUCAUCCCCAGCAUCGUCGCACACAACUUCCAAACAUCAGAAGCCGGUAACCCCUUCGUCGACGGCUUCUAUGCCGACCCAGACAACGAAUUCUACAACAACCAAUACUGGAUCUACCCAACAUCGUCCUACGAAUACGACAAACAGACCUACCUCGACGCCUUCUCAUCCCCUGACCUCGUCCACUGGACCAAGCACCCCAACAUCCUCGUCGCAUCCGACUUCAAGUGGGCAAAACGCGCCGUCUGGGCACCCGCGCCAAUCUCCCGCAACGGCAAAUACUACCUCUACUUUGCCGCCAACGACAUCCAGACCAACGCUGAGCUAGGUGGCAUUGGCGUUGGCGUCGCCGACAAACCAGAGGGACCCUACAAAGAUGCGAUUGGUAAACCGCUCAUCGGACAGUACUACAAUGGCGCUCAGCCGAUUGACCAGGAUGUAUUCAUCGACGACGACGGCCAAGCGUACAUAUACUACGGUGGACAUAGUCACGCCAACGUCGCGAAGCUGAACAGCGACAUGAUCACAAUCGGUACCUUUGACGAUGGCACGUCGUACAAGGAGAUCACGCCGGAGAACUACGUCGAAGGGCCGCAGAUGGUGAAGCGCAAUGGGACGUACUACCUCUUCUGGAGUGAGGGUGGCUGGGGCGGUCCCGACUACGCUGUCUCGUAUGCCAUGUCAAAGUCGCCAACUGGCCCGUUCAAGAGGCUGGCUAAGAUACUGCAGCAGGAUGAGGCCGUGGCAAGUGGCUCGGGACAUAAUGGCGUGAUUCACGUGCCCAACACUGAUAUUUACUAUAUUGUGUAUCAUCGCCAUCCUCUGGGUGAUAAUGUUGACGGCAAUGAUCGACACUUGGCGUACGAUCGACUUUACUUCAACGCCGAUGGAACGAUUCAACCUGUGAAAAUGCUCGUCCAUGACAAUUUCAACGAUGGAAACAUGAUUGGGUGGGCUACCUACGGGGGAACCUGGGAUGCCAAGUCCAACGCUCUCACGGCCGGAAACUCUGCCGGCGGAAAGGCAUUACUCAAUACUAAUUUCGGCGAUGUCGACUUCUCCGUGGACAUCAAAAUUCCGUCAUCAAAUGCCGGCGACGCAGGUCUCGUUUUCAGAGCAUCGAAUCCAACGGUUGGAACAGACGCCUACAACGGUUAUUACGCCGGCAUUAGCACAUCCGGAAAAUUGGUCCUGGGCAGGGCGCAGAGCGGUUCGUGGACGCAAAUGGGCGUUGUGAAGGCUGAUAUUGUGCCUGGCAAGACGUACAGAGUGAGAGUGACGGCGAAGAAGAAUGCGAUUAGUGUGUAUGCUGGGGACUCGACGACCGCGCAACUACAUGUCCUGGAUGGGACGUUUGCGAGUGGCAUGAAUGGCGUGAGGGUGUUUCAGACGGAUGCUGUGUUUGAUAACGUCAAGGUUGAGCAUUUGGCAUGA